AUGAGUGUUCCAGUGAGCCCCUUGAGCCCCCUGAGCCCCCUGUCGUCCCCGCGCCACCCCCCCGCCCCCGACCUGUCCUGCCUGCAGGCCUACAGCGAGUGGCUGGCCUCUCGCCACAGCGCCAGCCUCCUGCCCAUGAAGGAGGACCUGGCCCUCUGGCUCAACCGCACGCUGGGUGUUGCCGUGACGGCGGAUGAUUUGAUGGACAGGCUGGAGACGGGCGUUCUGCUGUGUCAGCUGGCCGAGGAGCUACAGGAGAGGAUGAUCCUGGGCAGCAACGGGAAGCCCUUUCUCCGGCGGGUCAUUCACUGGCGUGAUGGUGCUGCACCCGGCUCCUUCUUCGCUCGAGACAACACCGCCAACUUCUUGCACUGGUGCCGCAAGAUCGGAGUGGAGGAACCCUACCUGUUUGAGUCAGAGGACCUGGUUCUGAAGAGGCAGCCCAAGGAAAUCUGUCUGUGUCUGCUGCAGGUGGGCAGGAUUGCCUCCAGAUACGGCGUGGAGCCUCCGGGCCUGGUGAAGCUGGAGAGGGAGUUCGAGAGGGAGGAGGCGUCCCCCACGCCUCCGUAUCCCUCCCCCAGCCCCUCCCCGCCACCACCCCGAACCCCCACCUCCCAGCCUGCCCCCUCACCCCCCUCUCCACUCCCCGCUCCCGCCCCCACCCGCGCCCCCCCACCACAGACACACACCCGCAAGACCCCCACCAAGAAGAGCACUGAAAACAUGCUGGAUGAUCUGGUCAAGCAGAUCACGGAAGACCCGCCUUGCAGCUGUUCCACCCGGUUCUGUGUGGAGAAACAGCCCAAGGGCCGGUACCGGGUUGGGGACAAGGUUCUAUACGUGCGGAUGUUGAAUGACAAACAUGCUAUGGUGCGUGUGGGGGGAGGCUGGGAGACGUUUGCGUGUUACCUGCAGAAGCAUGACCCGUGUCGCCUCUCCCCCAUCAUCCGCCCCGGGAUCAAACUCUCAGGCAGGACCAACGGCAGUAGCCGCGGUAACUGCAGUAGCCGUGGUAACUGCAGUAGCCGCGGUAACGGCAGAGGCAAAAGCAGCAGCAGCAGCAGCAGCAGCAGCAAGUCCCCUCGUAUCAAAGAGAUCUCGCCAGACAGCUACCUGGUGGUUGGCACCAACUCCGCCCGCCUCAAGAAGUAA